AUGGUCAAGGGAUCCACAGGCCACCACAACAACCCCAUCAGUUCAGUCCCGUUCCAGGCGUUUCAUAACGGAUCAUGGCAUGGAGUGAAUUCUGUAAGGAUACGGGAUGGUGCUUUGCUUGUAAAAUUUGUCUCCUCUGGAUCCACAGUCCAGCAUGAUAUUGAUGGGUCCUAUCUGCGCAUACGUUCUAGAAAGGCAACUUGCUCUGAUUGCUCACAUGUUCUCAAGCCAGGCGCUGAUGUCUGUGUAUGGCAAGCGACUUACAGAGGAGAAACAAAAGAUUCUGUACCAUUGUGCCGUGAUGCAAGGCUCAUCAAAAUCAAGAGAAAUCAUCAAUCGGAUCGGUGCCUCUGCUUGUUUGCCGUUAUUUUCUAUAAAGACCAGUGCCCGGGCAGCAAAGAAAAAGUGCUAUCCGGUACAAUAGCUGACGUAGUGACGAUAGACAAUAUUUGCAUCUUGCAAAAUCUCCAAUCUGAGGAGCUCCAGGAUGGAAGCGUGCAAUGGAAUUCUUCAGUGGACAGCUUCCACCAUAAUAGAAACAAGCUGAUAAGUGCUAGAUUCUCCCUAGAAGUCGCAUACCUGAUAGUUUUGUCUAGCCUGAGGGGAAUGGAAUUCAACAUCAAGCUGGUCAACGGCAAUAUCAUUUAUCAGAUCAUCAAAGGAGACCAAGCACGGUAUAGUAUUGAUUCCAUGAGCAUACCUCCAGGUUUUGGGAAGAACAUGGACAUAAUAUCAUUCAAACCACGUGAUGAGGCUUUACGCCCAAUUAUCAGAACAGUUCCAAUCACUCAGGUUAAAGAAGAAAAUCUCACAGAAGAUGGGUGUAUCGCUGUGAAGGGCGAAUCUGAUAGUGCACAAGAUGUUGAAGUCUUGUAUGCGCAUGUGGACAUAAGACGCUCAAAGCGUAUGAAAACUCAACCAGACCGCUUUACUAGUUAUGAUACGCCUAAUUUCAAUUGUUCCUACAACAAGAAAGAAGCAGAUGGACCAUCUACUAAGAAUGAAAAUUUAGAGAGCGACUUGAGAUGUGAUUCAUCAGAGCAGAGAGAAUCAAGUGAUGAAGAGGUUUUAGGAAAUCCUGGGGUGAACAAAAAAGUUUCCGGGUCUUUCGUGGUCAAGGAAGACCCAAGGUCUAUGAAAGGACAACAGAAGUACCCAGUGAAAAGAAAUCAGUGCUCUUUGCCUAUAAAAGAAAAACAAAUCUCCAUGGAAACAAAGAAGAACACAACAGAUCAAGGGUGUUCAGAUUCUCACAUUCCACAUACGCCUGCAAAGAAUAUAGAGAAGUGCAAUCGUCCGACAUUUCAACUAAAGUCAUUUGCUUCGUCUCGAAUCCUAGAUGGCAAUAGUGAACCAGUAUUCUGCCAAAAGAGGGGUAGGAAAAGAAAGAAACACAUGUGCCAAAGAGAGUACAAACGAAUGAUAGACCAAUGCAUUGGAAAUAUCCAGUGUGAAGUGGAGAGGGAUUCUGACUUUAAGGUUGAUGCCCAGAUAUUGAAUGGCUGUGGACAUGCUUACCAAGAAGAGGAUUUUACAUGGCCGUCUUCCGCUGAUAGUCAAGAGGAGAAGGAUGAGCUUGAAGAGUUGUGGAAAGAAAUGGACUAUGCACUGGCCACAGUAGCAAUUCAUGAGCAAAAGCAGAUGACAGAUUCAGAAGCCAGUCAUGAGAGCAAUACUGAUUUAGGAAAAAGAGGAGAACACUGUCAUCAUGACUGCAUGCUGGACGAACAGCUUGGUCUGACCUGCAGGCCGUGCAAUGUUGUAUGCACUGAGGCAAAGGAUAUCUUUCCACCGAUGUUCACUGGUAAGGACCACGAGAGGCCUGAAUGGAGCCAUUUUGGUCAGGAUAAUCAUGUACUUGACCUUUCUUUUUUUGAGAUUUGUGCUCCAGAAUCCUCCAAAAUUAAGGAAUCUGGGAAUGUGUGGGCUUCAAUCACUGAUCUUGAACCAAAGCUACUUGCUCAUCAAAGAAAAGCCUUCGAAUUUAUAUGGAAAAACUUGGCAGGAUCAUUACAGUUUGAAGAAAUGGAUGAUUCAACAAGUAAAGGUGGUUGUGUGGUUGCACAUACUCCAGGAGCGGGUAAAACUCUGUUGCUGAUUUCAUUUCUUGUCAGUUACUUGAAAGUUCACCCAAGAAACCGACCAUUGGUCCUUCCUCCAAAAGCUGCAAUCCAUACAUGGAGGAGAGAGUUUCAGAAAUGGGGCAUUUUGCUUCCGUUACAUGUGCUUCACCACUCUAAUAGAACAAGCAAACUGAUGGGAGGUCUCAGUUCGAAACUGCAGGCGGUUUUAAAGAAUUUUCACCGACCAUCGUGGAAAACAAUGCGCAUCAUGGAUUGUCUGGACAAAUUAUGCAAGUGGCAUGAGGAACCAAGCAUUCUUCUCAUGACGUAUUCUUCUUUCUUAUCGCUUGCGAAAGAAGACUCAAAACUGCAUCACCAGGCGUUCAUAACGAAAGUUUUGAUGAACAACCCUGGGCUAUUGAUUAUUGAUGAAGGGCACAACCCAAGAAGCAACAAAUCAAAGGUGAGAAAACUGCUGAUGAAGGUGAAGACUGAAUUCAAAAUACUCUUGUCUGGUACAGUCUUUCAGAACAACUUUGAAGAGUAUUUCAACACCUUAUCUUUGGCCAGACCUCGUUUUGUCAACGAUGUUAUGACCGCGCUAGUUCCAGAAUCAGAAAAGAAAACACGGAACAGAACUGGCAAACAUCAAGAAGCACUGGCAAGGCGUAUUUUUGUGGAAAGAGUGGGGCAGAAGAUCGAGUCUAGCAGCAAACAUGACAGAAUGGAUGGCAUCUCCUUGUUAAAUGAUCUUACUCAUGGAUUCAUCGAUUCAUUUGAAGGGACAAAACUGAACAUUCUUCCAGGUAUACGUGUGUAUACCCUUUUCAUGAAACCCACUGACGUCCAGGAAGAGGUCCUGGCGAAACUGUCAAUGCCCUUGUCAGGCAAUGUGCGUUACUCUCUCGAGAUUGAGCUGCUCAUCACAAUUGCUUCUAUCCAUCCUUGGCUUAUAAACACAACCAGAGGGGAGAGGGUUCUGAUAUUUUGCCACAACGUGGCCCCAAUAAUCUUUCUUGUCAAGCUGAUAGAGAUAGUCUUUGGAUGGCGUCUUGGGCAGGAAAUCCUGGUGCUGCAAGGAGAUCAAGAACUGCCUGUGCGGUCAGAUGUCAUGGAUAAAUUCAACGGUGACAGAGAAGGGAAGAGGAAGGUGCUGAUUGCUUCGACAACAGCCUGUGCCGAGGGUAUCAGUUUGACCGGUGCUUCGAGAUUGGUGAUGCUGGAUUCGGAGUGGAACCAUUCAAAGACCAGGCAGGCAAUCGCAAGGGCAUUCCGACCUGGCCAGGAGAGAAUGGUGUUUGUCUACCUUCUUGUGGCGUCUGGGACAUGGGAGGAAGAUAAAUACAACAGUAACAGGAGGAAAGCUUGGAUCGCGAAAAUGGUCUUCUUUGGGCGUUAUUUCGAUGACCCAUUGCAAAACCGUGUGACUGAAAUCGAUGAUGAGGUUCUGAAGGAGCUUGCUGAUGAAGAUGAGACCAAUACUUUCCAUAUGAUAGUGAAGCAGGACUGA